AAUGAUUUUCACAUUUUUACCUAUUUUGUUUAAUCGACACAAACCGAUUGUACCACCGAUUGUACCAUUCCACUUGCCAAACCGGCACAACGUACAAACCAGUUUGACCUUGUUGGGUAUUCAUGGGUUCAUGGAUACCCAUGAGUUCUUAUGGAUAAAAAUGCAUGACACCAAUUUUCUAUUAAAAUAAAAGGCUAACACCAAUAUGUCCAUACAAAUUAUCCUUACAAGAAGCACUCAUCUAAUCAAGGGCAGGCCCAAGUUGAUGAAGGGUUUAUCAACUGACGAACCUUAUGUCCAAAUUUGAGACAAAAAUUUAUGGGAAAUGUUGUUGUAGUGAUGCAAAAUUUGGAUUCAAAACUAUUCCACAAUCCUUAAUAAUUUUUAUAUAUCGUUGAAUACCCUUGAUAAAAUUCUCGGGUAGGCCAUUGAAUAUAGUACAUACAAGCACACCCAUAAAUUAUUUAUAAUUUUUUUGAAUAUUAAAGAUAAACAUUCACAAACAACACGGAUUGUGGGAGUAGGAUGUGGGUGGGUAUCGAUGAGUUGGGUAUUACCUAAAUCUGAACUCAACCCGAAUCUGGCCGCAAUCUGUCAACGCGGGUUUUACUCACUUUGACAGGGUUAGAUCGGAUAAAGUACUCGUGGAACUGGAUUUUAUUAUCAUCCAUAUUCAUCCGUCACAUUGUGGAUUUGGGUUUUAUUGUCAUCCCUAUUCACCCGUCACAUGUAAUUAAUGAUAUUGAUCAUCCGGGAAUACUGCUUUUAAUGUAUAACAAAAAUGAGAAUACGGAGGUUGUUGAAAAUGGUAAAUGACAGAUGGAUCUGUGCUUCAAUUAUUUCAGUUAGUUGAAUUGGAAACUUUUCUCUUUGCUUUUAUUGGAAAAUUAUAAUUCUUUCAACUGAUUGAAUGGCAAAUAAAUUUUGUAGCCAUUUUGAUUUUUCAAAUCUCUCACCUAUUGCAUACUUACAUGGCAAUGGGGCGGGAAAGUACGGAAUGCAUACCAAAAUAUCCAUACCUACUUUGCAAUAAGGGAGUGUUAGGUCGGACAAUACUCGACCUAUUCAUAUAUGUUAUUUACAAAAAGAACGUUAAUAUUUAAUCCUUUUACAAGAAUGCAUGAAAAAAACACUUAAAAAUAAUGACAUGUAGAUAUUGAUGCAAAUAAUGACAGAUGAAGAUAAAAGGGGACGGGGCAGGUCAAGGCAUUGGAAAUAUCUAUUUGGUUACAAAAUGUUUUAGUUUGGAGCUGUUACAACAUGUAAAAUUAAGGUAAAAUUAUUAUUCAUAUUUAUGAUGACCCGUAGGAAUAUCUAUUCUAGACCCUUGUAUUAUGAUCAAGAGUGCAUAAGUUCCUAUCAUUAUCGUCAUAAGACAUUGGAUUUGUACUAUGAUUGCUUCAAGUGAAUUCUAGCAACCAUAGGAUUGCUUUUGUACGAUUGCUACGCUUUUGGUAGCGUUUUGUGCAUUUUCAGGUCAAAGCAUACUAGUGGACCACUUGGCAGCCGUAGGGGACAUCGAGAUCUAGUUGCUGGAGCUAGGAUUCAAAGAGAGGAUGCCUUGAAGAAAUGGCACCCAAAGCGCCAUUUUGAGGAUGGAAAACCGUACCAUUUCUACCAUUUCACAUAGCUCAACCACUUCGUCAAAACGUUAUCCCAGAGCAUCCUGAUUUGCUGGCUACGUGUUUGGAGGCUUCUAAAUGGCUAAAUGAGUUGAGCUACAACGCCAUCUCCCUAGAAAGCCUAAUCAAAUGCCUAUAAAUAGGUGUCUAGAGAAAGUAAUCGAGGAGAGGAGACGAGAGGUUAAGAAAGGGUCGUUACUUUGCCGACAGAGCAACCCUCCCGAACUCGAACAAGACCAACCUUCAAAGAGAAAUGACGCUAGAAAUGCGCCCCUGGACAUGUUUUCUCUGUUGUUGACAACGUUUCUUAUGGGCAUUCUGUGGUCUUUUAUCAAUGAACACCCAGGAACCUUUCCCCAUGUCUGGCUAAGUGUUUUAGUUGCGUAGGUAUGUGAACCCUAGGGAUUCUAACCAUGUAAACUCGAUGUUUGGUUUAAUAAGAUUGUGGUUAUUUCAUAUAUAUUGAUGUUUGAUUUCCUCUAUUUUGUUAUUUGUCUAUUCAAAUGAGAGCAUAGUCGACCUUGUACUCCUUUAAGGUGCAAGGAUCAAAAUCCUAGUUGUUUAGGAUGAGACUAGAAACAACAGUCCUAAUCGAUCGAAUGACGUGACAUCUCGAGGGAGAAAUCUGAAGGGCCCUUGUCACUCAUUAGUUUGGGUAAAUGCUUCGAAACAAGGUGGGAUCUAAUGAAAUAAGAAAUCGGCAGCUCGUAUGCCAUCGAUCAUCGAGGGACGCAUGGUUAGGAGACCUAGGGGAACUUGCCUAUACAAUGCUUUACUUCUCUAAUCUCUCACUCGUCCAUUAGCGUAGAUUUAAUUUUAUGCAUCGCGUACUUUCGAACUCUUACGUUCAGCAAAACUGGAGGCAUCUCAACCUCCUAAACCAACUUCUUCUUCAACAGAACCGUAUCUCACUUUCAGAAUAAGAGUUCUGCGAAAGGCCCUAAGGAAAUAGAUCAUGGAUUUAGGGCCACGUAAAUUUUCCUAUGUUCUACAAUAGAUCAAAUUAGAUAGUAUUAUUAUAAAUGGUUUGUAUCCUAUAUUUAUUACAAAAUAAUUUUUCCGUGUUAGUUUUAUUAUGACAAGAAAUAAGAUAAUGAAAAUGUAAGAGCAAAAUAUUAGCAUUAUACAUAUAACUCAUUCAAAAAUAACUCAUCAAAAAAUUAUAAUAUAAAAUUAAAUAUUUAGAAAGGUCUACAUUAUCACAUAUCUUUAUUUUUUCUGUAAUUAAUAUAUUUAUUUCUCAAAUGUCUAUAUUUGUACAAUUAACUCAUUUGUAAAUAGAUAAAGCAAACAACCCCUUAGUAUCAAAUCGUUAGGUUCAUUGUAUUACUCUAGAAUGAGACUUAGAAUUAGUGGCACGUCAACUUGGUAGCAAUGUGCACUCCGAUGUGAUAGAAAACUUUGUUAUUUAGAUUGUUUUCAAAUGAUAUUAGCUCCUAGUCGAGGUUUAGAAUUUAGGACAGUUCCAAGUAGGACUAGGCAUUUGGUUUGCUAAAUCAAACCAACCAAAUUCCGAACUGAUUGAACCUAAAAAUCAUUCGUUAGUUCGAAAACCAGUAGCAGCUUAACCAAAAUAUGGUGUUUGGUUCAGAACAUUAUGAACCAAACCACAAAACACGCUAUCGAACUACCAAACUACCCUCACCCUAGCUGUCAAGGUCCAUGUUUCAAGCCCAACUCUAACCCAAUUACGCCACCGCCAAAUCCCUAAAUGAUGAAUUUUUGCCUCUCCUUGAUUCUCUAUAUUGGUCUCCAAAUCUAAUUAUGAAACUCCUCUCUUCCAAGCGACAUCCACCAUCUAGUCCACCAUCCACUUGCGGUCAAUCUUCGUCCACCCUCUCUUUUUGGCAGACGAUGGCUCCAAAACACCCAGAGUCCCAAACCUGAUGCUGAGAUAUGAAUAUUCAUUGCCAAGACAUAAACCUUCUCUUCAGCUCGACGAAUCCAUCACCACCUCCCAGCGGCAUCAACAAGCAUCGAAGGUGAUUUUGGGAAUCAUUUUAGAGAAUGGAGGCAAUUUAGGAAUUUGUGAAGUUUUUGUGUAUGAAACUUCACCAUUCAGAGCUGAGAAUUAGACAAUAAAAUGGAAAAAAUGAAAGAAAAUGAGUUUCAAUUGUUAAAGAAUGAGUUUGUGUUUAUAUUUUCCCUGCUUUUACGAUUGGUGAUGGUUGUGUUUGGUUUGUUCAGGUCAAACCACACAAUAUUUCGAUUUGGAGGUCUGAGGUAUUGUUUCAGGCCUUUCUUUCUUAUACCAUAAAGAAAGUGAUUUUAUUGAAACCAUGAGAAUACUAAUCCCUUUUGUCUGCUCAACAUUGAAUUAAUCUCUUUUUUAUUUAUGAAUAAGCGUAUCAAAGACUA